AUGUCUGACGUGAAGAACGCAUCAGGAAAUCAACCGCCGACGUCGCCGAAAGGCCACCCGCUCCCCCGUCGCUCUUCACCCGAGAACUCCGUAACCCUCCGUAAUCAUCUCCUGGCGAGCCAGGCGAGCGACAGAGCAGCAUCAUCACGCAUCGCAGCUGCUGCGAGUUCCGGGUCCUCCUCUUCACCUAGGCGGCAAUCCUCUGGAGAAUCUCACAACACCGGACCUAGCGAUCCGAAGAAAUGGUUUGAUCGGAAUAACGAGAAUCCAACGGCAGGUUACUCCAACGCCAUGGAUGUUGAUCCUCCGUUCUUCCAGAAGGAGAGUGACUCAUCCAACGAAGAUAUGGUUAAGGGAGACAGUUACCCUCCACACUUACUGAAGCCUCCCGUUGACGCCAGACUCAAGCCUACUGCUACGCACAGCAGUAGCGCCGACGAUUACCGAAGCGUCAUUGACGACCUGACUAUUGAAAUUAAGAAGUUGAAAGAUGAAUUGAAGAAGCACAAGCACAAGGGACCGGAGCUGAUGAAGCGCGACAAGCUGUUCGAAAUCAAGGUACAUGGAUUACCGAAGCGCAAGAAAAGGGAACUGGAGGCCACUCUUCGUGAGUUUGCCGCUGGACUGGAGAGCAGCACACCGAGUGCCGAGGCGUCUUCAGCGCGGAAGAAAUCCAGACACAAUGCCCGACUUGAAUCUGGAUCGGGGUCAAUGUCGAAACAUGCGUCAUCGUCCUCUGGUUCCCAUUCAAGGCCAGUUGACUCUGCCUACGCGUCAAUGUCGACAGGCGCCAAUUCAUCUGGGACAUCUCUCGCGCGACCGUCAAUCAGUUCGAGGGCGAGGUCGUCUGAGCAGAAGGUACAAAAUUAUCUGAAGGACAUUCCGGAGGGCCUGUACCCACGCCACAUGGUCAUGACGGACAAGGACAAGAAGAAGCUCAUUGUGCGGCGGUUGGAGCAAAUCUUUACAGGAAGGAUCACCGGUCGGAAUCUCACUCGCCAUCAACCGAAGUCGGCGGCGGACAUGGCACCAAUGGCGCCCAUAAUGGUGGAGCCCGCAACCGGACACACAACCACCAAACACGGCCCCCUCAAUGCGUCUAUGGCACAAAACGAACCUUCCCGACAGGCUCGUAUAGUCGCUUCUGACGCGAAAAAGGGCCAAUCCAAGGACAACACAUCGGCCACAAACUCAAACGACCAACCGGACUCCGGGGCCAAUUCGGCCGUGACACAACAAAGCACGUCGCCGCCUGACGAUUCGCCCCCGGAGCAACGACCCACUCGGCCGCUGGACUUGGAUCCCGACCGUCUACAGAACCCGACGGAAAACAUGGAUUACAUCCGCCACUUGGGCCUUGCACCCCCUCAUUUGACAGGUCUGACGUCCUACGAGGAUGUUUCUCCUGAUGCCGAUGGCUGGGUUUACCUGAAUUUGUUGUGUAACAUGGCGCAGCUUCACAUGUUGAAUGUGGCGCCGGACUACGUUCGCAGUGCGGUAACCGAGAAGAGUACCAAAAUUCAGUUAUCGCCAGACGGCCGCAAGAUCCGCUGGCGAGGUGGCACAGAGGGAACCAAGUUUAGCAGCGACAGCUCCGGCGACACAUCCCAGAUGAGUCGAUCGGAAGACUCCGAGGGUCACGAGCAGGACGGACAGAGGAAGAAGCGCAAGGCCACGCAACAAUCGAAGAGUGGCCAUUACUCUACUUCAUCAGCAAAGCACGCCUCGGAUCAGUUCAAGAUAGAGCGCCAAAUGUCCUCAGCCGACAGCUUCCACUACAAGCCUCUAUUUAUGCACCAGGCAUCGUCUGCUGAGCAGACGUCUCUCGACGACACUGGUUCUUCCUUCGGAGCUGGCGAAGAAAGCAACAACGGCGAAUCGCGAUGGGGAAACAGCGGGUCAGGCUCAACACGUAGGAAGAGAAGGCGCUUGGAUGGUGCCAUUAUCUACUACAACGGCGCGCCCUUCUGCACUGACUUGUCUGGUGACCCGGGAGAUUCGUCUCCGGCAUCGUACAUGACGUCAGCAGGCCAAGAUCAACAAUUAUCUUCCAGCACCGGAUUUCUCAGGCCUGACCUGCCUCACCGCACCGCAUCAGGCUCAGCACUUCCAUAUCGACCUCUCAGCGAUGGCAAAUACGUACCCAGUGUCGCUGUUGGGUCCGAGGAGACAGAUUCUGACGACAUGGAUUUGGAAAUUGAAGCGGAACUUCCUUGGUCAGACGCCACCCAGCCCAACCCCGAAAGUUCUUUGGAUGCCUGUGGCCUCGGCGGGGUGAUUCCGGAAGAUCACUUCAUGGUAACCGUAACCACCAAACGGUCCAAGCAAGACUCACCCGCAGCUUCAUGCAAGCCCGGACUGCAGGAUGUUUCCGAGCUGGUCCAGAGGAUUCAAUUGCCCGCCAAUUCAUUGACCAGUGAGAGAUCAUCGCACUCCCCGCUCACGGAGCCAUCGCGCUGUGUUAGUAUUCAGUACACUGGCAGAUCUGUCAAUAAACUGAACCCUGCGCCGCUACCUCCACCAGGGAUGUACUUCGCGUUUGAUAGCGAUUCAGACGAGUCUGAUGACUCGGAGUUGGAUGAUACCGACUUGGAUGCGCGGUCUAGACCACCUAUGGGUAACCGCAUGCUUCCCCAUGUCUUUGAGGACACAUAUCCUGACGACGAGGAGAUGUCAAGCGGGGACGAGGAAGGUGAGGAGCCCGAUGACGCGGAUGAGCCUAGCGAGGAGGCCGGGGAUGACAGCAGUGAGGAGAUCAAAAUACCUAUACCCCCACGAAAUGCUCGACGCACCAGCAGUAGCAGUGCUGUCGCUGCUGCUGGUACCAUUCGAGGUCGAAGCAAGAGUUUGAGUGCCGAGCUACCUGUGACGACGGGAAGUUCUGUGGCUACUGCUGGCGGAGCUGAGAGUGGCUACAGUAGCGGUCGCGAGGAGAGUGGAUGA